AUGCAGGCACUGGCCGAUUCACAGGAAUCUUUAACUUCUUUGUCCUUUCUCUUCUUUUGCUCUUCCAUCUUUUUUAAGUCCUUUAUUUUCAUUUUUUCCACUCAUUUUUUCCACUCAUUUUUCUACAUCUCCAUUUUCUUCUUCCUUUUUUCUUCUGUUUUACUUGGUUCUUCUUAUUCUUCUUUUCAUACAUUUUGCCUUGAAUUUUCUUCUUCAAUUGUAUCAUCUGCAUUCAUUUUACAGUCCUUUCUUUCCAUGAAUUUCUUCUUUUUUUCAUUCUGUUCUCUUUCCCUUCUUUCUCUUCUUUCUCACCUCCUGUUUAUAUACCUCUAUAUUUCUUCAUCAUUUUUUAUAUUCUCCCUUGUUCUUUUCUCUUUAUUUACUUCUUUUUAUUGCUAUCCUUGCCUCCUCACUUUUUUUCAUUUCAUCACUUUCUUUUUUUCUUUCCUUCCAUUUUAUUGCCUUCUCCUUACCAAUAUAUACUUUUUCUUUAACUCUUCUUUUUUUAUAUUCUUUCUUUCACCCUUUCUUCCUCUUAUUCCAAUGAUUUAUUUUCUUCUUUUUCUUCACUUAAUCUUUUAUUUUAAUUUCUUCUUUUUCUCUACCCAGUUUUUAGGUCAUCUUCAUCUACUCCUUUCUCUGGACCUUUUAUUUUUUAAUUUUUUUUUCUCAUUUUUUUUUAUUCUUUUCUCUUUUCACCUAAUUCUUAUUCUUUUCUUUCACCAUCCAAUCUUUCUCCUACUUCUUCUUCCUCUCUCUCCCCAUUUAAUCCUCCUCCUUCACUUUUUUCUCCCACUCCCUGUCAUUAUUAUAAAGAGAUGA